AUGGGAAAAGUAGUUACAAUAAUUGCAUCUUAUUCUACUUUUUUUCUGUUACUGUUAGCUGAAAAGGCAGUUGUCGGUCGUCAUCUGCAGUAUGAUGUUGCUGCUGAGUUGCAGGUAUCAGAUGGUGUCAACGAUUUUGUCGUUCGGGAGGAGGAACCAUUGCUACAUUUCAAAGGAAUGGAUUCUUCUGAAGCGCAUUGCCAGCAAAUGUAUGGCUUCUUGCCCUGUUCAAGUAAUGUCCCGAGUCAUAUCUUCCUCAUCGUGAUAUACGAGUAUCUGUUACAUCAUGGAGAAUCGUAUGCCGGUGGCGAUGGACGGAUUUCUCGUGUUUUUGGCGACAACUAUUUUGCUGCAAUCUUCUCUCAACUUCUUGAUUCCCUUCCAGAAUCUUUGAUACUUCUUGCAUCUGGACUAACAUGUAGUAAAGAAAAAGCUCAAGACUAUAUUGUAACCGGUGCCGGGUUGCUAGCUGGAUCGUCAGUAUUCCAUAUCACCUUUUUGUGGGGAGUAUGUUUCAUCUGCGGCCGAACACAAUUUUAUAUAAAACCCGGCUCUAAAGUUCCAAAUCGAGUUGUGCAACUAUUAAUUGGUUCUGGUGUGGUUACGGAUGCAGAAACGAGUUAUCAUGCCAAAGUUAUGUUCUUUUCGCUCAUACCGUUUCUAGUCAUCCUACUACCGAGCGUGUUUGGUUUAUCGUAUUCUAGUCAGGGAUACAAGAUCACGAUUCUUGUGUCACUUUAUGUUUCUGUUAUUUGCUUAUUUGCAUACUUCAUCUAUCAGUAUUCUGAUUCUGAUAAAAGAAUUAAGAAAAGAAGAAUGGGUUAUGCAAAAGUUGAAGAAAAAGUAGAAAUGCAUGUACCCUUUUAUGAAGUACAAUCACUUAUGCUAGAUAGGGAGAAACAUCUUCAUAUCAGACAAAAAGAAAUGGAGAAAAUGCUAAACGAUCCCGAGACUAACAACGAAACGAUGACGAAGAAAGAAUUCUACGGUACGUUCAAGGAAUGGCUUGAUGUCACGAGACAGUUAAUGGACGAUCCAUAUUCGUUGGACAGAUCAGGGACGAAAUACAAUAAGGUUGCAAUACCAUUGCUUGAAGAUAAGAGGGAAUUGAUGAAACAAAUAAACCAUAUGAUGGAGAGUGCUUCAGGAGAGAACUUGCUUAAAGGAGGAGCACUAGAUAAAUCCAUAGAUAGGUUUUUCGAAAAGGUUGAUACCGACAAAAGUGGAUCUAUUACGGAAAUUGAACUGAAAAACUUCAUUAUGGAAGUCAACUACAAGGAGGUAGUGAUGGAAGACGACAUAGCAGAGAUAAUGAUGCGACAUUUAGACAUCGAUGGGAAUAAAGACAUCGAUAAAGAAGAAUUCAAAUUGGGGAUUGCGAAAUGGGUCAAGGAGAUCAAUCAUGUAAACCGACAAAAGGAGAUCAAUCAUGUAGACCAACAAAAGACCGAUGGGUACCAAAUCGCAGAGGCAAAGGCGAAAUUUGAUGAAAAGUUUAAGGCAAUUAUACUAUUGGUAGUCGGAAUCUUUAUGUUAACGGUCUUGGCGGAGCCUCUUGUAGAAAGUGUUCGAGAAUUUUCAGAAUCUGUAAAGAUAGAGCCUUUUUUCGUUUCGUUCAUCUUAGUCCCCUUGGCUACAAAUGCUAGAUCGGCUAUGGCAGCCAUUAAAGCUGCAAAGCAGAAAAGACAUUCAACGACAUCUUUAACUUUAUCCGAGAUAUACCAUAAAGUGUUCAUGAACAACGUCCUCGGCUUUUUUGUUCUUGUAUCCGUCAUAUACUUUCGUGACUUGACAUGGCAUUUCUCGGCAGAGAUUCUAGUUGUGGUCAUCGUUUGCAUCAUAAUGGGGAUUCUCACGAGUUUUAGAUCCAAGUUUCCGAAUUGGACAUUGCUCAUCGCCUUCCCUCUCUAUCUGCUAUCUUUGGUCGUGAUUUACUUUGUCGAUGAUACUUUUCAGUUUACCUGAAACU